AUGUCUCUCGCGUACGCCGAGUUGUACCUCACUAUCGCGGCCAUGGUUCAGAACUUUGACCUGGAGCUUGUGGAUUCCUCCAUCGAGAACAUCACCCCGGAUCGAGACUUUGGUCUGGCUUUUGACAAGAACUACAACUUCGGCGUCGAUCUGAGGGUCACUAAGGUACUGCGGGAGUGA